AUGGGUCUCGCUUUCUCGAAGAUCUUCGACAAGCUGUGGGGGAAGAAGGAGAUGCGUAUUCUGAUGGUCGGUCUCGAUGCUGCCGGUAAAACCACCAUUCUCUACAAGCUCAAGCUCGGCGAAAUCAACGCCAUGAACGCUGCCGAGAUCACCGACAAGCUUGGCCUCCACAGCCUGCGCCAACGUGCCUGGUACAUCCAGUCCACCUGCGCCACCUCUGGUGACGGUCUGUACGAGGGUCUCGAGUGGCUCGCUACCACGCUCCGCAAGGCCGGCCACCAGUAG